GGACGAGAGUGAUGCAGACGAGCUCUGUCUGAUGGACGAACACAGUUUCGGAUGAUUGACAGCCCCGUGAACCAAUAGGCAGGAUGAUCGCUACCGGCGGGCUGCUGAGGAUUUCCCGGCACCAGGACUCGCUGCGAACCAAGAACCGCGCGGAGAACAAGAAGAAGAGGAAAGCCAAGAAGAAGCGCAAGAACGACGUGGUGGUGGUGAAGGGCAAAGUGAAGCUGUGCUCCAUCUCUGGGCUGGUGGCGGCGCUGGGCGUUUUAAUCCUGAUGAUCGGCAUCGUCAUGGCUGUACUGGGAUACUGGCCCAGAGCAAACAACGAGAAAUUCAUGCGACGAAUAAAAGAGGAGAACCUCACAAGCAAUAAUGAGUUAGUGAUAUCAAACGAGCUGGACGGCGCAAACACCUCAUCUGGCUUUUUCGAAAGCCUGUUUGCGAGUUAUUUAUACUCGGAUGACCUCAAAGUCUUCGGACCGUUAGUGAUGGGCAUCGGGAUUUUCCUGUUCAUCUGCGCCAACGCGGUUCUCCACGAGGAUCGCGAUCAGAAAACCAAAAUAAUCAACCUGCGAGACAUUUACUCCACGGUCAUCGACAUUCACAGUUUGCGCGCAAAAGACUGCGUCCCGUUCAACGGCCUCAUCAUGCAAUCGAAGAGCGAUAAACCCGCGUCUCCGCGAAACUACAGACGCCCAUCGUGCGCGAGAAAACACAGCGUGUUUGCGAAGCGCCAGUCGUUCGCGGACACGAUUUAUAGCAUAUAUCAUGGACCCGAGGGAGCGCGCGAGUGGGAGACACGCUCCAUCGUCACGUCGUCGGUCAAUGCGUUCACGCUCCCCGUCAUCAAACUCAACAACUGCGAAGUGCAGGAGAACGAACCUUCGCGGCGCAGGAGUUGCGUCGCAACGCUGGAAGCCAAAGCGGAGGUCUCAGGGACGCGGAUGUGGCUUUCGCAGCUGUCUCUGAACGCACUGACGGAUUCAGGCGCCAGGUGUUUGUACGACGGCUCGCGCAGGUUCAGCUGUCCCAGAUUGGAGCGAUCAGGCAGUAAGGGCUACAUUAAACUGAGCGGAGAUUCGUUCGAGACGCCCGACGCAGAAAGAGAGGAGAAAGAGACCCACGCUCUUGCUGAUACACGUCUGCAUAAACACACUGCGUCACUCUCAGAUUUGUAAACGAUGGUUGCACAUGACCUAGGGUCCCAUACGGAAUCACAGAAUCCAGUUAUAAAAACAGAAUUUGAC